AUGUCAUCAAACAUCAACGCUACAAGCCCUCAUCUCGAAGCAGCCUUACAGGCUGUACUCGACCACGGAGAAACCGGUGUUUCCGUCGCCGCCUACUAUCGUGGCAAGCUCAUUGCGCAUGGCACCGCAGGAUACGCCGAUGUCUCUGAGCAACGUCCCGUUGAUGAGACGACGCUGUUCCCCGUCUUUUCUGUCACCAAAGGCCUCACGGCUUUGGCAGCUCAUAUUCAAGCGGACCGUGGCCUCCUCAACCUUGAAGAUCCAAUUUCCAAAUAUUGGCCUGAAUUUGCGGCUAAUGGAAAGGAAGUUAUCACUGUUGAGGACGCUUUGUCUCAUAGAGCCGGUAUCCCACAGAUGCCAGACGGUGUCACACCUGAACUGAUGGCAGACUGGGAUUGGAUGGUUCAGCAAGUUGCCGCCUUUACGCCAAAGUUUACGCCAGGCACUGCAAAUGCCUACCACGUUCUAGUCUGGGGCUGGAUUAUUGGAGAGGUGGUCCGCCGAACCGACCCUAAGAGCCGACCCUUCGGCCAGUUUGUCGCCGAGGAGAUAUGUGAGCCUUUAGGCGUCAAGGAUCUAUACCUCGGCGUUCCCGACUUUGAGCUCUCCAGAGUAGCUACCUUGUCUGGGGGUAACGAAAUGUUCCUGGAAGACACCUACAACACCAGUCCGAUCGCCGUCUUCCCUGGCUCAGACGUGCACAAUCUCAAAGUCGUUCGACAAGCUUGCGAUCCUGGCGCUGGGGCCAUCGGCAAUGCUCCAGCCAUAGCUCGAGUAUUCGCCAUGGUAGCUGAAGGGGGUGAGCUUGAUGGUGUCAGGCUUCUUUCUGAGAACUAUGUCAGGGGGAUGACACGGUUCCGCCAAAACCCCUAUGAUCAAGACAAGGUGCUUCCGAUUCCUGUGUGGUUUGGUGCAGCUGGCUUCUGGCUUGGAGGAGAGAAAGGUGCCUCGGACCCUCUGGUUGGAGAUCAUCGCGAUGUUAUUUAUAGUCCUGGAGCAGGCGGCUCUAUUGCGUGGGCAGAUAUGCGUGACAGAAUUGCGGUGAGCAUCUGUCAUAACAAUAUGGAUGCCGGUGUCUCUAUUGACCCAGAGCCGAUCUGGACACCCAUCGGUAAAGCCAUCCGGGCAAUCAUUAAAGAGAAGCAGGGAUAG